ACCGAUGCCGCGUCGUGUAACAAACCAACUCUGCCAUUGUCAAGCUUUGCGUUGCCAUCCUUUCCCGCAUCACAAAAACUCGCGAGGAGCUCUCGAAGGGUGUUUGUCAUCACAAUUUGAGCGACGCUCACGACGAGUCGGACUCAGCUGCUCUAGCGGUGCUAGGGUCGCCGGUUGUCAGCUCGUAUCGACGCCCAUUUCCCCCAAAGAAAGCAAUAUUAUUAUUAGAGUUACAAGGAGUGCCACUUGCCGUGCCGUUCGGGAAUUGUCACGAUGAUCGGCCCGUCGCCCGCGCGCAGCCUGUCAAAAGGCGGGGAAUUCCCGUUGCCGCAAGCGCCUUUCGUGUCGAUUAAAAAUUGCCCGUCCGACGGCGAGUCGCCACUGCCGCCGCAAACGCCCUCGUCCACUCCAGUGAUUCGAGACCCGCCGCAGGUUGCGCUGAAGGUAGAAACCAGUGUUGGACGGGAUUGUUAUGAUAAGACGUAUUACGGGUACUAUCCAGACAGUGUUCAGCUCCUUAGUGUCCAUACCGCAACUCAAAUCUCGAGAUACGAUAAUUUUCUUGGCGCGCUGUGGGCUCCUGCCGCUCGGAUUAUUUCUCGUUGUGGCUCUUCACUAUUUCAAGGCCUCUGCCACGUGGCACUCGCCCAUUGAGUGGUUUGAUGUAAAUAGCCGGAGUGUGGAUUCCCGCGUUUUCGUUCCUGGUCCUACGAGCGUUUACGAGCGCGGUUUUGCGGUCCUGAGCUCGUUUCAGCGAGAAAAUCGACUGCCGUUCGCGAAAGUUGCGACGUUCAACUUCGAGAUGAAUGUUACAGGUUACAGCUUCGCCGGUAACAGCCUUAUCGACUUACCCGUUCCGCACGUUCCAGAGACGCUGAAUUGGAGCCACGCAUACCCCGAAUGGGUGAACGAAUCGCGCUCUUCCUGCCCGAAAAUUCCAGAGCCGAGCGACCCGGAUUGGCUGGGCCACAUCGACGCGAUUGUCGCACGAGUGCCCUGCGACGAGCCGAGCGAUUCCUGGGCGAAGGAUAUUCGGUGGCUGCAUCGCCUUCUGACGGUCGCAAGAUUUGUCAUCAAGUCUAACCGCCCGUGGUUACCAGUGGUGCUGCUCUCCGCGUGCCGCCCGCCGCCCAACCUCUUCCACUGCUCGCGCCUCGUGAGGCGGGAGGGGGACGUGUGGCUCUACAACCUGACGGCCAAUGACAUGCUGACACGUGCGCAGCCCCUGGGAUCAUGCGCCAUGGCUCGACCAAUCAACGCCACGGAGACAGGUAGUAUUAGGCAAAAAAAGGAUCGCGUUAGAGUCAGAACUUCUGAAGUAUCAGGGUUAAAGGAACAAAAUAUAGUAUAUAACCCUAGAGUGUAUUUCUCUAUUGACCAGCUGUUAUUUAUAUUCCCGGCCGCUUGAGUGUAUUCCUCCCUUCCGUUCACACCCCUGUUCAUCCCCCUUUCCUCCAGCCAGCCAGCGCAUCGCGUAUGCUACAGUGCUACACUCGUCUGAGCGCUAUGUGUGCGGCGCAAUAGUACUGGGGCACAGCAUAAGGAGGACGGGGAGCACGGCUGAGAUGGUUGUGCUUGUAUCGAAGGAGAUUACAGAGGAGAGCAGGCGAGGACUGAGGGAGGCUGGGUGGCGGGUGAAGGAGAUUGAGAGGAUAAGAAACCCCAACGCAGAGAAGGGGACUUAUAACGAGUGGAACUACAGCAAGCUGCGGCUGUGGCAGCAGGUGGAGUACGCCAGGCUGGUCUUCGUUGACUCGGAUCUGCUCCUGUUGACCAGCGUUGACUUCCUCUUCACAUUCCCCGAGAUCUCGGCUCGCGGAAACGACGGCUCAGAUUUCAACUCGGGCGUGAUGGUCUUGGAGCCAUCGGAUUGCACGUUCCAACUGCUGAUGGAAAAUUUGAGGAGAGUGCGGUCAGCCAAUGGAGGAGACCAGGGCUAUUUGAACAACGUGUUCACCUGGUGGCACCGCUUACCAGAGUCUAUCAACAUGCUUAAACCAGUCUGGACCACCGACCCUGUAAAGAGGGAAGCUGCCCUCGCUAUAAGGAACAGGUGGUUUUCAGACGACCCCUCGGAAAUUCACGCAAUACACUACCUCGGUAUAAAGCCCUGGUUGUGUUACCGUGAGUUUGACUGUAACAAGCUGGACGCAGCUCAUUGCCUAUUUGCAAACGAGGCUGCUCAUAAGAGGUGGUGGAGUGUACACGAUUCGCUGCCAGAACCCCUGAAGCAAUUUUGCUGGUUAACUGUUGAUGUAGAGAAGAAGCUAAAGAAGUGGAUGGAGCUUUCAAAUGCAACUACACUCCUAAACUGAGUGGAGAUUGAGACGAGAUGGGCAUUGAGUGGUAUUUCUAUAUCGGGUCAUUUUUAUUAGCUAUAGUGAUAGUGUUGUUUGCUGCUAUCGUUUUUUGUAUUAUAUUCCGUGAGA